AUGGCCAGAGGGACCAGCUUAUAUGCGGUGGCUGUCCUGACACUACUCAUCGUGGGGUCACUACUCGCUAGCACCGCCUCGGCAUCUGCUCCCUAUCUCUGCAAAUGCACCUGCUUCACGACGAACACGACAAUCCUCCCUCUGUACAAGCCCGUCGACCCUGCCAACCCAUGUACGACCUGCACACGCCAGUUCUGCAUCGACUCCAACCUCGAGGGGUGCAAGGGAGCAACCCUCGAGAAUCCGAAUGCUGAUACGGGGACGGGAUGGGAGGGUGAAGUGUGGGCGAGGUGUUUUCAGCGGGACUCGGGCAAGGACCAGACCAUCGUCACCCUCUACGUCAUCGUCGUCCUUUCGCUUCUUGUCACGGCGGCCAUGCGCGAUCACUUUACGUUGUGGUGGGAGGAGUUUCGCACAGGUGGGCCUCAAGGCCUGAUACGAGCAGUCAAGGGCUCUGUAGCCUCAUUGCAGUCAGGCGUGAGGAUGCCGAGAAGAUGA